AUGACCGAGUACGGUGAUGCAGCAGCCCUGUUUGGCCUCGGUGGCUGGCAAGGCGACGAGGCCGGCGCGGCGAUAGGCGGCGGAAGCGACUCGGCAUCGGCCGGUGACGGCGCGGCGAUCGAGGGGAGCAGCAGGGGGCGACCAGCUGAGCCUCCGCCUGCGCAUGCGCUUGCGGCGGGCCAGGCUGUGUGGCGGAGCGUGUUUGGUCGCAGCGAGUCGGGCUUGUGGUCCAGGCUCGAGCCGGUCCUCCUCGCUGCCCUCGAGUCGGCCACCGGGCUGGCCAUUGCUCCGGCCGAUGGGGUGGCCUUGGCAAGGAUCCUGACCGGUGGCUCACAGAAUGCACCAGUCGGCACGAUUGUAACCCGCGCUCGCUUCGAUAACGUCGUGCGAUGGCUUGGCCCGCUGCCUGUCCUCGUCCUCCGCCUGCGACAUCUUCUGCAGCGCGGCGGAUGCGCGUGGUUCCAUGGCGAGAUCAGCUCGUCAGCGGCGGCGACCGUGCUCGAUGCCGCCGGUACAGGUCCAGGCACUUUCCUUGUCCGCUUCUCGGUCUCGCAAGCUGCCGAGGGCGGGUACUCGGUCUCACUGCUCGAUGCUGGGGGCGCCGUCCGCCACUACAACGGCCUGCGCUCGCUACACUCGUCGGAUGCAUCAUCGUACAUGAUGUUUGAGAACGCGCUGUACCCCUCGGUCGUCGAUUUUGUCCACUCGGAGAUCGCAAGCAUUGUAGCGUCGACCUUGCCCGCACCAUCCUCGCCGUUGGUCACCAUCGAGCCCACCCCCCUCUACGCCUGCCCGGGCUCGAUCUUUGCUGAUCUUGUGUGGGACGCCGGCGCUCGGCUCGACGCUGCGCCAUUUGCGCUCUUUGCCGCCUAUCCCAACAUGCUGGCUCCACCGCCGUCGCCAUCGAGCCCGUCAAGCCUGCUCCUCGGCUCGCUGUCGAGUUCGUCACUGGCAGGCUCUGAAGAUAGCUCGCGGUCGGGUCAUUCUACUGCGCUCACCAGCGCGCUGGUCAGCGCGGUCGGUCCUGGCGAUCCGGCCGCCGCUGUCCGGCGCCUCGUCACCGCCGUCCGCGAGCGGCUCUCACUCGGCCUCAAAGCUGCCAGCGUCAUGGUCACCACCACCUCGGUUGUGCCUGUCCUGGCUGGUUUCCUUCUUCACUCGCGCGCACCGACCGUCCAGAUCGCCGCCACACACGCCAUCGGCCUUCUUGUGUCGCGCCUCCGGCUCGUGGCGCCGGCUGAUGCCGAUGUCCUCUCUGUCUUGAUUGACCAGGCUCAUGUCCUACAUCUGCCGCGCAUGCUGGCCACCCUCCUUCAGGCCCGGAUCUCCAUCCCAGAGCGUAUGGUGGUGGCCGACACGCUCAUGGCGGUCCUCGGCCUCUCGCCCGUUCUUGUUGAGCAGGCGCUCGCUGACUCGGUUGCUCGCUCCAUCGCUGUAGUUGGAACCAACACCGUUCACCCACCACUCCUUGCCGAGCUCCUCAACAUGCUCACCCUACUGUUGUCCACUCCUGGCGGGCUCGACGUUCUUGCCGCUGCUGGUGCCGUCGACCUCGUCGCCCGGAUCCUUGGCCCCUACCCGGUCCCGCCGUCGCCACCGGUCCCAUCCGCCCGCUUUCCGCCCGCGCCCGCUUUACCGGGCUCGGUCUUCCGCUCGGCUGCCAUUGCCGCCGCCCGUGCCUUUACCGCUGCCGGCCUCUGCGACUGGUCCAUGCUGCCGCCCGAGCUUGCCAACGACGCGGCGCCGCAGGGCUCAGCAUGA